CCACUUUGGCUUUUUUUCUGGUCCUCUCCGGGCUCACACUGCUUAUGCAAGUAAACGCUCGUUCACCAGAACCUCCACGAGCCACGGUACAGGAUCGCCGCCCCUCGUUGCCGGGGGGAGCGUGGCCGGGAGCGGAACCAGGAGUGUGGCCUGGAGCGUGGCCUGGAGCGGAGCCGGGAGCAUGGCCAGGAUCUGAGCCUGGAGUGUGGCCGGGACCUUCCUGGCCUGGUUUCUGGCCCUCUAGAAGGCGGUGCUGGAAAAGAAACGAGGUUUACAAGCAGUGCGUCAGCAGCAGCUGCGCCGAGGACAAGUGCUGGAAGAAACGUUUCCCGUUUUGCACUUUGGAUUGCAAUUAUGGUUGUUACUGUAAAGAUGGAUACUACAGGAAUCGAUGGGGACAGUGCGUGAGAAAGAAGGAGUGCGAGAGUGACUACACCGGGGGCAAACCGUAUGACCCGAUUUUCACAACACGCCCUUCCUCAUACCCCGGAAACUACGGCCCCGGUCAAUUUGGCUACGGCGGUUUUGAGAGGCUGUGAGAAUAACCUGACGCCUGCAAGAUCCAUGGUACAUAAUAAAAUUGCGGAUACGGCUGAUUUCGCGCA